AUGGGUAAAUCCCUAUCUCGUGCCUUGAUCGGCGCGGCCGUCUUUUCCUACGGCCUCUUUACAGUUGCUCUUUAUGGUUUCAUUGCCUUGGCGAAAGGCACAUACUUCAAACGCCCCACCGAAAACGAGAAACGGGACCUGCAGCUUGACUUCGAAGGUCUCUCUCACCACAUUCUAACUUUGCAGAGCGGAUUCAAGUUCCACUUUGUCAGUAACGAUAUCCCGAACACACCGGAAACCAUCAAUUCCGAUAAACCAUUGGUCAUCUUCAUCCACGGAUUCCCCGAUAGCUGGGCGAUCUGGCGACACAUUAUCAGAAACCCUGCUCUGCAAGAGGCCGUCUCCAUCGUUGCGAUUGACCUUCCUGGAUAUGGAGGCACAGAGAGCCUGGAAAAAUAUACUGCAACAAACGUCUUGGAGAAGUUGACAGAGUUGAUCGUCACCCUGCGGACUCAGUAUGGCGUGGACUCGGGGAACGAAAGCAACAAGAAGAGAACCAUAAUUGUCGCCCAUGAUUGGGGCUGUGUCUUGUCCAUGCGCCUCGCUGCCGAAGCUCCGUCCCUGGCCCAUCGGUUCAUCCUGUCCAACGGACCAUCAGUAUGUCAAAACACCGGUGAAUAUGUUUAUCUUAACUAA